CUUCUUCGUCGCGACAAAAAUUUGAUACAGGCAUAUCUUAUCUCUUGCAUAAAACCUCACGACGAAACCUUUCAAGGGUUUUUGACGACUGUGUUUUAGCUCAACUUCCAUCGAAGACCUUCAUCAGUUCCUUUACUUCUCCAAGAAAUGGCUGCUAUUCAGCUCAGUGCGUCAACAAUUUCAGCUAAGAAAUUGCCGUCAUUUGAAGGUCUUAGACCUUCAGCAAUGACUAUGGCUAGUCCUUUAAGGCCAGGAAGUCUACCUCUCAGGUCUUUCCGUGGAUUUGUAGUAAAAGCUGCCACAACUGUUACUCCCAAGUACACUACAUUGAAACCAUUGGGGGAUAGAGUGUUGGUUAAGAUUAAGACAUCGGAGGAGAAGACAGUUGGAGGAAUCUUGCUCCCAACUUCAGCUCAGUCAAAACCUCAAGGAGGUGAAGUUGUCGCGGUUGGAGAGGGUAGGACUAUCGGAGCGAACAAGGUGGAAGUCGAUCUCAAGACUGGGAUCCAAGUUGUGUAUUCGAAAUAUGCUGGGACAGAAUUGGAGUUCAAUGGAUCAAACCAUCUUAUUCUGAAGGAGGAUGAUAUAGUUGGAAUUCUCGAAACAGAUCAUGAUGUCAAGGAUCUAAAGCCUUUAAACGAUAGAGUUCUAAUCAGGGUUGCUGAGGCCGAGCAAAAAACUGCUGGAGGAUUGUUGCUUACAGAUGCCACUAAGGAAAAGCCAUCCAUUGGCACGGUGAUUGCUGUCGGUCCUGGCCCUCUAGAUGAGGAAGGUAAAAGGAAGCCGUUAUCUGUUUCAGCAGGGAACACUGUUCUUUACUCAAAGUAUGCUGGAAAUGACUUCAAGGGGGGAGAUGGAUCAGAUUAUAUAGCUCUUAGGGCAGCUGAUGUUAUGGCUGUUCUAUCUUAGUUCUCGAGUGGACUUGUACUUGUUUGCGGCUUGGGAGGGAUUGAUUUUUGUGUUAAGAGGACAUGAUUUUUGUUUAUCCCUAAUCAAGAAAAGGGUUCGCGGUCGCAAUGAAUAAUUCUCCUUUUUUUUGACAUUUAGAUCAAUGGUUGCAAUCUGUUUAUUUAUAA